AUGUCAACAGUAGCAGUGCGCGGUACGCCCUCGUCCUGGUAUAGACCAGUCCCAGGCCAGGAGAACCGGAACGUCGCAGCAGAGGCGUAUCAGACGGCAAUCGAGUAUCUUAAGGAUGAGCUAGGGAUCUCCCUGGAUGGUCCAGUGCCUAAUGGAUUCAACGCAUCUGUACAGGACGUUUUCACGAUGGUGGAGACAGCGAAAACAGAAUAUGACGGCAAGAGCAGGGGUCGCAAGCACACGGGCAUGAGACAAUCACUCGAAAGACUCUCUUCGCGCAUCAUGUACUACGGCAAAGUCAUGGACACUCUGGCGCAGCACCAUCCUGAGUAUGUAGCUCUGGUUUGGGGUGCUAUGAAGCUCAUUCUUACGGGCGUUAUCAACCGAGCCAACCUUUUUGAAAGGUUGUCGCAAGCUCUCAUCGACAUUGCAAACGUAUUGCCGCGGAUGGACCUUAGUGCAGAACUAUAUCAGACGAAGUACAUGGAAGCUGCUCUCUCACAGCUGUUCACUCGAAUAUGUUCUGCCAUCAAGACGCCUUUCGAACUCGGCUACCAAGACCUGUUGGAGCAUAUUCGAGAGUGUUCGAAAGCAGUGGAUGACCUCGCCAACGCAGGGGCUCGAGUCGAAGUUCGUGAUGUCCGCAUUCUGACAGAAUUGCAACAUGCACAUAUUCGAGAGCUUGACGUGAAGCUGCUCAAGGUGCUGGAUGAGCAGGAGAAGUUCAGAGCUCAAGUGGUUCAGUUGCUGCGGAUUGCAACUUCGCACAAGAGCGUUACAGAGCGAGUAAGCGUCGACGUCUGUAACAUAAGCCAAACAGUAUAUCGCAUCGAAUUCAAUGAAGCGAUGCGAUUCUUUAAGCCGAAGGUAUUACCCGAGAUCGCACUGCUCAAAGUUAGGUCCUUCGUACGACGUGGCAUGACUCCAAGUUUACCUAGCUUUGCUGGACAGAGGAUACGAAAGACGAUUCUGGAAUGGGCUUCUGGAAACACACCCUCGUUCCUGAUCGUUGAGGUGGGCCUCCGUGCGCAAAAACAGGCGAAAGAACUGGCAACGAAUGUGAUAGAAAACCUGAAACCGAAUAGCCAAUGCGUUUUCUGGGAUCUGUCAUCAACUCGAAGUUCUCCUAGUGCGCACACCAUGGUGGCGCUGUUCAAAGGCAUCAUCUUCCAAAUACUCCAACAGUCCAGUAAUUUGUUCAGUAACUUUACCGAGCAGUUGAACCUCUCGAAGAUCAACGCUGCUCAUACAGAUCGCGAGUGGGUCGACCUUAUCUGCCUCCUCUUUUCCAAGAUACCGACAGCUUUCAUAGUCAUUGAAACUGAGGCACUUCAAAAGGCCUAUCAACAUGACUCCAGUUGGAUUGAACGCCUCUUCGGACAUCUGCAAAAAAUUGUCGAGCAGAGUUCCGCAUCGGGAUGCGAGCCGAAACUUCUCGUCAUUAUGUAUGGGAGCUCUCAUCGAUUCACCGCGGCUACUGCAAGCUCGAAGAACGUACGUGUCGCGAAAAUGCAGCCGCCAACUCCAUUACCUCCACAUUUGCGGCAUGUGGCGCGUCGAUCAGGUCUGGAAACUAAGGGAUGGAAGAUGCGAAGCCCUAAAGGACGAGAUCAGUGA